AUGGCGAAUUUCCACGAUGGUAGAGAGGCUGAUUCUGCUUUUGAAAAGGAUUAUAGUCAACGUCAACUCGCGUCUCCGGUGGACCGCCGUCGAUGCCAUAUUGCAAGAUUCCUUCCUUGGGUCGCUCUGAGCACACUCCUCCUGAUCGCAUUAGGAGCAUUCGGCCAUGAAUUCUCUUUGUUGAGCAUCGAAUCCUCUCCUCACGCUGCUCUGAAACACACCUGCGGCUCCACUGUCGCCGAAGCAAAGGCGAAAGGCUGCGUUUUCGACGUCAUGGCUUACGGCUGGGUUCCGUCCCAGUGCUACAACGGAGAUCUUGUGAGCACGUACAACGCAUACGACAUGAGUCCUUGGGCAUUCGACAGAAACUUCACCAAACCAGCGACUGAGCAAGUCCUUAUGGCUGGAGAGAGAAGGAUACUGUAUACGGACCUGCGAUUCCACCAAGAGCACUGUUUUUACACCUGGCACAAUCUGCUUCACAGUGUUGAGCAUCAACGGCCGUUGAUUCAUAACUUGUCUGCAUCGACCGAACAUCGGCACCACUGCAAGGGCUUAUUCUUGCACGGAGAAGCGCCAACGGGCCCUGUUGUCCCAGCUUUUUUUCAUUGUGUGGAUAUGGAACAGCCAUUCCUACUUCGAGAACACAUCUAUGCGCAGGAGUGA